CCUCAACGUUCACAUCUUCAGGUUCUUGCGCUGCUUCUCUCGGACAUCGUCGGAGACCCACUCGAGCUCAUCGCGAGCGGACCGACCGUCCCGGAUAACUCUGGCCCAGACCCCCUCGCCAUCCUCUAUCGUUACAAGCUCGAGGAUGCGAUACCGGGGAGUGCUUGGUCGAUCCUGUGCGAGACUGACCGGCGCGGUGCGGACCCCGGCGUCGCCGCGCGCGUGCAGAACGUGCUCGUUGGCACCAACACACUCGCUGUCGCCGCGGCCCGUGCGCGCGCCGCUGCGCUCGGCUACCGUGCGCUCGUGAUCAGCGAAGCCUUGACCGGUGAAGCGCGACGCGUCGGCGCGAUGUUCGCGCGUCUGCUGUUGCGCGUCCGCCGGACGUACGACGCGGUUGCCGACGGCGACCUGGCGGCCGCGCGUCGCGUCGCAGAGGCGUGGGACGACGUACCGGCGGCGUGGCGUGACGCGGUGUGCCGUGACGAGGCGUUCCUGGAGGGAGUCGCGAGCGGGACUCCGCUGUGUUUCAUCGCCGGAGGCGAGACGACGGUGACGCUGCAAGGCACAGGGAAGGGUGGGCGUAACCAGGAGAUGGCGCUCCCGUAA